AUGAACUUGAACCAAAUAGAGGCUAAAUUUAAAGAGCUUCAAGACCGUGAGAGACAAAGAAGGAUGAUGAAUGCUACGCAUGCAGGCGGACUUACAGGGUCUAAGAAAGUGGGCACAAGCUCGUAUUUUGAAGAAGUUAUGAACGAUUUUUAUAUCGUGAGAGAUACUGAGAAGAACUGGAAUGACAUGGGCAUGGAUAAGAACACCCACCACCAGAGCCAACAGUUUUUAGCCAAUGCAAUUAACCAUGUGACCAAGAAGAUGAAACCAAUAUUUCAUAAUAAGAAACUGACAAAUCAGAAAAUAAAAGCAUCUGCCCUCCAUGUAGAUAGGAAGAAAGUUAAAGAUAAAGUAGAAAGCGCACAGAGUGGUAAAAGAAUCUCCAGGGCUUUUAAAACUUCAGAAAAGAUUGAUGAAUUCAAUGAAUCUGCUGAAUUUGAAUCAAAUACAUGCAGAACUAACAAUCAUAAGGAGUCAAAGAAGGGUAGAUUAGCCAAAAGUCGCUUCUCGAGCGGAUCUAAUAUUGGAGAAGAUCAGCCACUCAGCCCUUCGAGGGCAAUGUCAACUCAUAAUCUUCUCAACGUUGAAGCUGACUUAAAGAACUUGCAGGAUAAUAUUCAGAUUGACGAGAAGAUGUUCAGAAACUGGAACAUGAAAACUGUGGAUAAACGAGCAAAGGUCAGGAAUGAAGCAGCUACUAUGAUUCUCAAAUAACCAACGUAAGCAUAAAAUUGGCUCCCUUGAGAGACCCAGGAUGAAGAAGAUUAGAUACCUCUUAGACCCAAUAAAAUAAAGUGAAAAAUGUUGUUGAGGGUGAGAUUCAGAUCCAUAGUUUUCCAAUGAAUAACAACGAUUUCUCAGCAGUUCCCAAAAUUUACAACAUUCCAAAGAACAAUUAUGAUGAUCGAGGUCUUGAGAAAAUCAAUGAAAAGGCUAAAAUUGAGGUUACCAAGCACAUGAACAACCCUAGAGGUAAGACUCGAAACAUUGAUGAAAAUCCUACAAAGAAACUGACUUGUGUCAAGACUGAGAAGGAACCCCUCAAGGUCCCUGAAGAGGAGAAGGUCUUCCAAAUUUUUGGAAAUGAGGCUAUUAUUAAUAACCCAUCAUCUAAUACCACUAAGGUAAAGUUUUACUCAAAGCCCAACACUCAGAGGGACAGAAAUACUGACCUGGAAGAACUUGAUAUAAGCAAUAAGACCCAGACUAAGCUCCCCACUGUGAUUCUUUCCCAAAGGAAUCCUCCGAAUUUUGACAAGAAGGGACAUACAACUGAAAGAUUCAUGAAGAAAGAUAAGAAGGUAUAUGAAGAUCUUAAGAGAAAACCUUUCAAAUCUGUAUCAGAGUAUUUUAAGAUUCUUGAGGCUAAGACUGGGGUAAAAUUUGACCAUCCCAUGAACUCUCCACCAAGGAAGAUGGACUCAAGCUUGCUAGUACGAAAUCAUCCAAACAAGACUAGAGAAAACCUGAUACAAGAAAAUGUGCUGUUGUUCAAGCACAAGGGUGGCGAUACUCCUGAAUCAAUUCGGUUAGAGAAUAUUAUCAAUACGAAACCUAGAAGAGUAGAAGAUGCAGGUGAGGAUGGUUUGAUGCUCGCUGGACAUAACCCUCAUUGGAAACUACUCCAGUCAGGAUUCAUCCAGCAAAACACUCAUGGAGAUAUUGGACAUUUCAUGGAUUUUAAUGAUUACUCUGAAAUAGAUAAGCAUCUCAGAAUGGCUAUCAAUGAAGCAAGAAAACUUGAGACUCAGCAUUCCUUCACUAAUGAGAUUCCAAGGUCAAUUUUAAGAUCUGUAAAGAAGCAUGGAAAGGUGUGCACUGCAAAGAGACAUUUUAAGAGCAAACCCAGAGGGGAACCUUCUGCUUUUGCCUCCCACACAGAGACUAGACAGGCUCCUUCCAAUACUCCGAGCAGUAUUGCACCUGAGCUGGUUCCUAAGUUUAGUACUUAGACACCUAAACUUAGUAGGAAAGUUCGGUUUCAGGUAGAAAAGAGCAGUUAAAUUUUUGAAAAAUUCAAACCAAU